CCGGAGCCCCUCACCCGGCCCGCACGGCAGCGGGGCCGCUCCGCAGGCUGGGAUUGCGACCUUUGAAACGCUGAGGCUGAAAUGCGAGUUUUAGCGGAAUGGGCAGCUGUCCGGAUUUCUUUGCCUGUGCCUAUGCAGUUCUUCUGGCUCUUGGCAAGACAUCUGAUACUGCACCAGCGGAAUACUGUCCUGCAACAAUACCUACAUAAAAACUGGCUUUAAUAAGUUAAGCUUUUUAAAAACUGUUAUUCUUGAAAAUGGAUUUUCAAUUUAAUUUUGCUGUUGAUGAAAAUGAGAACAGUGAGACAGAUGCUGACUUUUUACUGCUGUGCUCUCCAAAACACAAGCAGGAAUCAAAAGAAAAGAGCAGGGAAAAUGCCGAUCCUGCAGCAGACUCCAGCCCGAAGCUGGCUCCUGCUAAGCACCAGGAUGAGACCGCUCCAGAGAAAAACCACUGUGUGAAAGCUGCCAAGGAGCACAGCAUUCCCGAAGAUCUCAACAAAGUUUUGGAAAAUAAAGUCAUGGAAACAGUAUUGGACCUGUCUCACGUAAAGCUAUCUGUAGUGGAAAUGACAUGCUCGGGUGACGCCGACAGCGAAGGCAUCGUGUCCAAAAGUGUUUCUUCUCACUCUGAUCUCAUCCCAGGAGUCUACGAAGGAGGGUUGAAAAUCUGGGAAUGCACCUUUGAUCUCAUGGACUACUUUUCGGAGGCUGAAAUAGAAUUUACCAACAAGACUGUGUUGGAUCUUGGCUGCGGGGCUGGAUUGCUGGGAAUUGCUGCUUUACGGGGUGAAGCUGCCAGAGUCCAUUUUCAGGACUACAACAGCACAGUGAUUGAUGAAAUAACCUUGCCUAACGUGGUGGCCAACUGUACCAGUGAAGGCAGGAGGAUGAGCAGUGGGAAAGACAGAAAAGCCAGCAAGCCUCCUUCAAAGAAGCCCAGGAAAGCAGAGGGCUCACCUGAUAUGCUCAACAGGUGCAGAUUUUUUUCUGGAGAGUGGUCUCAAGUCAGCCAGCUCCUGUUAAACAGCAACAAACCCUGUUCAAAGUACGAUGUAAUUCUCACCUCUGAGACCAUCUAUAACCCUGACUACUACAGUGCUCUGCAUGAUACACUGGCUCAGCUCUUGGAUAGAAAUGGCCGUGUGUAUUUGGCAAGCAAAGUGCAUUAUUUUGGAGUUGGUGGUGGUAUCUAUCUCUUUGAGAAAUUCAUUGAAGAGAAAAACGUGUUUAGAACCAGUAUGGUUAAAACGAUUGAUCAGGGACUACAGCGAUGCAUUAUGGAAAUUGCCUUUAAAAAUACCUGUUAAAAUUAAACUACUAAUCUUCCAAAAA